AUGUACCUAAAGCUCCAUUUGCCAGUAGUGACGCAUCGGCCUCUGUAUUAAAUUUUGCCAAGUUUGUAUAACUUCAGCAGUUUCCUUUUUCUAUUCCCCCCCUCCAGCUGUGUGUUCAGUGUAACUGUACAAGCAGGAGGCCCCGUGCGUCUUCUACGCAAAUUGCCUUUUCAGGUUGGCUCUGCCAUUGGUUGAAACCACAGUCAGAUUCCCCGACGAAAUUAUCUGAUUGGAAAUCAGAGAGGGGAGAAAAAGAAAGAGCAACAAUUAAGUGCGAUGCUUUUACUCUGGUUUGCUUUUGGGGCUUGAAGGAAAGGAUUUUCUUCUUUUUGCGGGACACAUUAUAAGGGGUGAACGACGAAAAAAAUAUAUUAAUUAUUUUUUUAACUGGAUCUUGUUGAGAGACAACAUGCCACGAUCAUUCCUGGUGAAAAACAAACGGAGCACGUCAUUUAAUGUGCAUAGAUUGUAUGAAGAUGAGACAGGUGUCUCACUUCAGAGCAUAGACUCUCCAGAUAGGCCUCAGUCGGAGAGCCUGCAUUCCCAAACAGACAAAAAAUUAUUAGAACAAGAGGAGGAAGAAUUUCAGAGUCCUUUACCCGUGCAUGCAGAGCCCACCAGCUCCCCUGAGGCACACACAAAGCCCUACUACCAAACAGAUCCUCAGAUGGGAGAAUUUCCUUCCUACUAUAAACCGACAUAUUCCUGGGAGCAAGUUCACUCUCGUUAUCAGUUGGGUUUCAGCCCCUCGAUGCUGCAGCAUGCCGCCAGUGUGUACAACACGCACAUCAGCCGCAGCCCACAGCACCCGCAGCCUCUGGACUGUAGUACACACUACUCGCCAAGCUCCAACACCUACCACUGUAUCACCUGUGAUAAGGUAUUCUCAACGCCUCACGGCCUGGAGGUUCAUGUCAGGAGGUCCCACAGUGGAACGAGACCUUUUGGCUGCAGCAUCUGCAGGAAAACCUUCGGCCACGCAGUCAGUCUUGAGCAACACAUGAACGUCCACUCCCAGGAAAAAAGUUUUGAGUGCAAGAUGUGCGGGAAGUCCUUCAAGCGCUCCUCCACUCUGUCCACGCACCUCCUCAUCCACUCUGACACGAGGCCGUACCCGUGCCAGUUCUGUGGGAAGAGGUUUCAUCAGAAGUCUGACAUGAAGAAGCAUACAUAUAUUCACACAGGUGAGAAACCCCACAAAUGCCAAGUGUGUGGCAAAGCGUUCAGCCAGAGCUCCAACCUGAUCACCCACAGCAGGAAACACACAGGCUUCAAACCAUUCGGCUGCGGCAUUUGCUCCAAAGGCUUCCAGCGCAAGGUGGACCUUCGCAGGCACCACGAGAGCCAGCACAGUAUUAAAUGACAUGUCUGCAGCCACCUUCUAUACGUGCUGUAUACAUCCAGGGGCACGUCUAAGCUCUGACCUUGACGGCUGCUCAGCAACCCCCUCCGCCCCGACUCAGGAUCUCAAGCGUACAAUAUGUUGCCGUUUGGUACCCAUUUACAAUGUAACUGAACUUAAUGACUUAGUUUUUGUUGUUUGUUGUAGUGUUUAAAAAUAAUUCAAAAUAAAUAAUAGCAGCAGGCUUCAUUAUGAGCCACCUGUUUGGGGCUGGGCCCUCUAGUUCAUGAAACCUGAGGUAGACUUAAAUUGUAAUUAUUGAGUAAAUAAGGUGCCUUUACAACUUCCCUAUUUCUAGAAAAAAUGCGAUUCCCCACGAUAUAUACAGUCAUAUUCAUUUCGUUAAGUCGAUCCCUGUUAGAAAUACAUUUUGCUCAAGGUUCCACACUUGACAGUACUGUAUUUUUUUUCUUUAAUCACGAUACCUAAGUGAACAUUAAGCUUAGCAACAUCCAACCACACAUAAUAUACAAUACAAUACAUCUUUGUUGAUUAUAGCGCUUUCACCUAUGAUGAAGAUAACGGAAUAUAAGGGUAUAUAUUUAUUUUGCGACCAUCCACUGCUUCAGCCUUCAUUGGAUGAAGACAAAAUGCUCAUCAUAAUGUCACUGAAGACAUCAUUCAUUAUUGUUAUUUUUUUUAAGGGGCAGUUAUCCCGUGAUGACAAUGGCAAUUUCAGGACACCUACAAAAUGUUCAAUACACUCAUGAAAAUAGAAUAUACAUGAUGAAAUGAUUUAUUUAUUUGAUUACCGUAUUUUUUUUUAAAUCAAAUAACGUCUUAUGGACAAUAAAUCAAGUUAAAAAAUGUUAACAUUGCAUUUAGUAGAGCAGUGUAUGGGAUAUGCCAAAAUCAUAAACAGUACAUCCAGUUCGGGGAGGGGGGGGGGGGGGCGAGAUGCAAAUCAUUGUACUGAUAUGUGGCUGAUGAUGAAACCAAAGACGUAUAAAAGAGAUGCUGACCUUAUCUCACAUUGCUCCCUUUACAUCAGAUACAUCUGAUCAUAAUAUUGCAACGUCUGAAGCACAUCUGCUAUUAUGGGGAACUCACGAACUCUGAAAUUUCAAUUUCGCAAACUGGCACACUUUGCCAAAUGUACUUUUUUCCCAUGGAGGCCACAACACUCACGGCCCUCCGAGGCUAACCAAACAACCUCAAGACGAACACGAAUUUCAAGCCCGAAUACUACGUCACAGAUCUCUGGUCAUAAAAUCUGCCCUUAAACCAUUACGAGUUCCUGUGCUGCCAACAGAGGCAUAUUUUAUUUUUAUUUUUAAUGAUGUGCCACGAAUGUUUCUUGUUGUUGGAAGCAAAUGUUCAAAAAAAAACAAUGAAAUGUAUUUAAUUACUUCUGUAUCGAGGUCAUAUAUGAUAAGUUUUCUGCUUUCAAAUGUUGUAUACAUUUUGGGGGGAUGUGUUGGUGUCUUUUAGGAUCCAGGAUUAUAACUGCACGUGAGCUCUUUGCUGGCGUGUUUAAAUUGAAUGUAACAUGAGAAUUGUGAAUCUAUGAAAAUAAAGAAUGGGCUGAG